GGAGAGAUCACGGUGCCAAUGUCAUCUCACUCCCAGGAUGAGGACUAUUCUACGUUAGAUGAACCUGUUAGAGAAACCAUUAUUCGAGACCUGAAGGCGGUUGGGAAAAAAUUUGUUCAUGUCAUGUACCCCAAAAAAAGCAAUGCACUCUUGAGAGAUUGGGAUCUCUGGGGCCCUUUAGUCCUUUGUGUUUCCCUUGCAUUGAUGCUUCAGGGGGGCUCCGUGGAUAGUAAGGAAGAUGGAGGACCCCAGUUUGCUGAAGUUUUUGUCAUCAUCUGGUUUGGUGCAGUUGUCAUAACACUCAAUUCAAAACUUCUUGGGGGGACCAUAUCAUUCUUUCAGAGUCUGUGUGUCUUGGGUUACUGUGUCUUGCCCUUAACAGUGGGUAUGCUGGUGUGCCGACUGGUACUUCUGGCUAGUAUGGGGCCUAUCAACUUCCUUAUCCGGUUUAUCGUUGUGAUUGCGAUGUUUGCCUGGUCCACCUUAGAUUGGGAACCUUCCCCACCUCUGUCCCAGCUCUCCAAAUGCAGGUCCAGUGAGCCAGCAGAAGUGGGCCUUAGGGAACCCAUUCCCUUUUCUGUUGCUCAGUUCCCACCAGGCCCUGGACAUUUGUUCUUUUAAAAGAAUUUUUUUUUUCAUUCUUAAUUUAAACAUGAAAAAGUUUAUGAAACUGAAUCUCCUUUUCAUAUUGCUUGCUUUUAAAAAAUAAAAGGAUAUCAACAGAUUCUACACAGUA